AUGGGCAGGACCAUCCAGGCCAUAAAUCGUUGGCGGAUAGCGCUGUCGUCGACGCCACCGCCUCGGCGUCGGCUGGCGCUGCCAGAGUGCCAAGCGAUCCGCGGGCAUUCCCCGACAGCGCAGCGCCGAGGUGCGAACGACACGUGUCCAAUUAGAUCUUCGUCGGACGCUUCUGGUAGACCUUUUGCAUCGCGGAGCGGAGAGCUUCGUGGUGCACAAAUUAUGGGGGUCGGGGGGUCGACCCCAUUCCGGGCCGGGGAGAAGUCC